AUGGCGGUCCAGGAUUCGUCAGAGGCUCGGCCGCGCCAUCACCGCCACCACUCCAUCGUCCCCGGCGAGAUCCCCGUCCCACAUGGCCCGGGCGAUUCUGACAGCGACGACUACCCCCUUGCCGGCGCCAGCGACGAUGAGCGCCGCAUCUUCAGCCACGUCACCCGACCCGACGACUCGUACACCUCCGAUGGUGUCUACUGGGCCGACCUGCCAUGGAGCAAGCGCGUCGGCUUCGUCUCAAAAGUCGACCGCGACACCGCCGCCCACGAAUUGCGCACCAUUGGGUCCAUGGUGAAAAAAGAUCCCCUCUCGCCCAUUUCCUGGUACUUUCGUCACGCAGUCAUCCCCGGCGCCGGCCUCGGCCUCGAAGGCUACGUCCUCUUCUCCAUUGGAAACCUUGAGCCCCUCUUCAGGCAGGUAUGGCCUCAAUGCUGGGACAAGCACGAGGUCUGCAGCCAGAACUGGGUCGCCAGCGUUACCUACCUCGAGAUUAUCGGCAUCAUGGUUGGCCAGGCCGCCGUUGGUGUUAUUGGAGACUGGAUCGGCCGCCGUUGGGGUCUUAUACAAGAUGCCCUCAUCAUGCUUGUCGGCCUCCUCAUGCUGACCGGCAGCUGGGGCUUGACUCUCGAGGGCUGGGUCAUCUGUUACGCCUGGUCUCUGUUCUUCUACAGUAUCGGUGUCGGAGGCGAGUAUCCCAUUACCGCCACGUCGUCCCUCGAGGGUGCCUCCACCGCCGGCAAGCUUUCGACCCGCGAGGACCGUCUGCAUCGUGGCCGCCGCGUCACGACGGCUUUCCUCAUGCAGGGCUGGGGACAGCUUGUCAACCAGGUUCUCCUCAUCGUUCUCCUCGUCAUUUUCAACAACGGUCGCGGUGCUCCCCCGUACAGCACGUCUGCCGCCCAAUACGCCUUCCGCCUGUCGUUUGCCUUUCCCGCCAUCGGCACGGCCUGGCUCGCCUACUACCGAACGUGGAAGAUGCCCCAUGCCUCCAAGCAGCUUGCCGACGCCAAGAGCCGCUCCAAUGUGACGGGCUACGACGUCAAUGCCCUCCGCUACUGCGUCAGCCACUUUGGCGGCCGUCUCCUCGCCACCGCCGGUACUUGGUUUUGCAACGACGUCUUCUUUUACGGCAACAAGCUAUUCCAGGGUCAAUUCAUCAAGGUCAUCUCCAACAACUCUGAGUCCCUCCUCGUCACCUGGACGUGGAACCUGGUCAACAUUGCCGUCUCCCUUGCCGGCUAUUACCUCGCCUCGCUUCUCAUCGACAACAAGCUCUACGGUCGAAAGAUGAUGCAGCAGGUCGGCUUCUUCAUGUGCUUCCUCAUGUUCGUCAUCCCGGCCUUCAAGUACGACUACUACACCAGUCCCGCCGGCAUCCAUGCCUUCCAGGCCAUGUACUUCAUCUCGUCCUUCUUCAACCAGUUCGGCCCCAACUCGGUCACCUUCCUUGUCGCCGGCGAAGUUUUCCCAACGCCCGUCCGUGCCACCGCCCACGGCUUUUCCGCUUGCCUAGGCAAGGCUGGUGCCCUGCUCGCCUCGGUCCUGUACAACUACAUCGACACCCAGACCAAGUUCCUCGUCGUCCCUUGGUUCGGCCUCGCCGGCAUGCUGCUCACCUGGAUCUUCCUCCCGGACACCACCGGCCUUGACCUCAAGGAGCAAGAGCGCCGCUGGAGCUACAUUCGCCAGGGCAAAGCCGACGAGUAUCACGGCGUCGCCGUCAAUCCCGCCCAUCUCAGCCUGUGGGAGCGCCUGUGCGGCAUCGGCAAGACGUACGACCCCGAGCUGGACUGGAAAGCCAAGAUUGAAGAUAUGCGCGCUGAGUGGCAGGCCGCCCAGGCCGCUCGUGGGCCCAAGGAAACCGAGAGCCAUGGAGAGGGCCAUGGCAUGCCCGACGACGGCGAAUUUUCGCAAGAGAUGCACAACUACUUUAAGCGCUCGAGCCCCAAGUACGCCGGCGCCCCCUCUGGUGGCCCGCUGCAAGAAAAGGUUGCCAGUGACACAAUCAGGCAAAACCAAUAA